GCUGUCAUGUCUGUCAUCGGAGUGUCAGAGUGAAUGUUUGUUUUGAAACAGUAAAGAAAUAAACUCGAGGAACAUUAACGUAAACUCUAAGUGAAUUAGCUCGACAAAAUGCCCAAAGUUGUGUCAAGAAGUAUCGUUUGUUCGGACUCCAAAGAUCAGGAAGAAUACAAUGAAGAGAAACCGCUCAACAUCUACUACUGUCUGUGCGGUCAGAUGAGUUUGAUUUUAGAUUGUUACAUUGACAAACUGCCGCUGCGUAAAACCGAUGGAGCACGAGUUCUGGACAGUGCCCAUCAUGCCUACAAACUAACCUGCGACGUCGGUGAAACUGUGCACAUUCGUCGCGAAGCCGGUAUCGAAAAGCAAUUCAGAUUGAAGUGUAAGAUCUGCAGCCUUCCAUUGUACUACCGUCACGACAGAGACAGCAAAGUCACCUUCAUUAUCAAACGGGCAAUUGUCCAGUCAAAGAACGAAAAUCAAUUGUCCAGCGUUGACAUUCUGAAGCAAAUGACGGCAUCGAGUCAACAGCCGCGCAAGGUUAUGGUCACAAAGCACACGAAAAACAUGGGCAAAUUCAGUUCGGUCACUGUGUCCACCAUUGACGAGGAAGAGGACGAAAUCGAGGCGAGGGAAAUUGCAGACAGUUAUGCGAACAAUGCCCGAAUUAUCGAGAAACAGCUGCAGAGGAAGGGUGGCAAAUUGACGGAUCUGGGAAGCAGAAAACCGGAAGAAACCGAAGCGCCCGUUAGUAAGAAACCGAGAGGAACACUGAUUGAUAUUUGACGUGGAGUGGAAUAAAUGCGAAUUUGAAAA